CCGACUGAGCAGGCGGCGCCGACUCUUCCUCCUAAUCCUCUUCAUCUUCCUCUCCCCUUCCUUCGGUGGUUCAUCUCCUUCUCCACCGGGCGAGAGAGAGAGAGAGAGAGAGAGAGAGAGGGAGUCGCUCUCUGCAGAGGCAAAAGUUAAAGAGCUUUAAUAACGUGGAGCACCGGAGGAGCUGCAGCUCACUGGGAUGAUCCGCUGCCACGCAGCAUUUUCUCUCGGAGGAUGUAUUGCUUUUAGCGGACCCCUCGACUUACGGACGACUCCUGGCUCUUUCUAGGCGGAUGCUCGUAAAAAAAAAAAGUGCUCCUCGUCCGGAAGGAUUGUUUCUCCGGGUCCAUUCUGAGGGUUUCCUGUCAGUUCCCAAGGACUUCGCCGAAUCCCACAGUCCGCGCGGACAGCGACGCCCGCCUCCAGCGGGAGGCUUGUGGUCAAGUUCACCAGAGGAAGAAAGUAACUGAAGGAGAAGAUGAUCCCCGGAUUUUGAAAAGCUUUGCAGACGGUGACCAUAUUAUGGAUGUUGUGGGAUUUUGAAAGGGAUUUUCUGCCUGUAAACCACUUCACCUGGCAGCCUCAUGAACAAUAACUAGGGAUCAUUGAUAACCUCCUGGGCAAAUGAUCUGCUCCACAGCCAAAUAAACCCUCGUGCUGCUGAAAGAUUAACCACUUGGUCCUCUCCGGGGCAUAUGAAGACGAGCACUCACUGGAAAUAAGCCCUUCUUUCAGGGAGGCUAGCAGACAAAUUGCUCAAGUGAUACUGAACUUAUCGUCCCUGCCUUCACUCUAAACUUAAAAAAAAAAAAGCAUUGCUCGACGGCGUCUAAAUGCUGGGAUAGCCUUAACAGUGCACCAGUUCAGGGCUAGUUUUUCUUACUUAAUACAUUUCAUUAUCUACUUUCGUCUGAGCAGACGUGUCAGCAGCUCCUGCAGGAGGUCGAGCUACUCAGCUGAUUUCUGUAUCGGUCUAUGGAUGAAACGUUUACUGUACAGCCACAUCCUUAACAGCAUACCUCCUCCUCCUCCUCCUCAUCCUGUUCCCUUCUUCCACUCUUGAAAUCAAGCCCUGCAGCAUUGAUCCCACCCCUCCUCGCCGCAAGUAUUCAAAAUCACAUGACCGCCUCUUCCACUCUGCUCGUCACUUUACUGAAAGCAUGUUGUGCAUGUCCUGAUGGAAAUUUUCCACCAGUGGCAGCAAAGAGGUCAAAGGUGAGGCGCAACAAAAAUAAAAGUGGAGGAGCGGCAGACUUGAGCCACUCCAACUUGGACAGGUAGAAGUGGAGUCUUGCUGAAAGCCCUGGACCAACAUCAAUGGUUGUUUCUGGAUAGCGACAUUGUUCGAAGAUCAAUGGGACUCAACGACAGCAGUCCUGGGGCCAUGCGGAACGGCAGAGGUCUCUCAGAUCAGUGGGCCGAGUCUGUGGUGGUACGGCCUCGGACGACUGAACGAAACAUAACAGUGCACAAGCGCCUGGUGCUGGGCUUCGCUCUCUCCAUCCUUACCCUGAUUAUUGUAACAGCUGUGGCUGUUGUGCUCAGCGUUCGAUUUGAGGAAUGUGGAGGACCUGAGCGCACUGUGCUGACAGCGGGUGAGUCAGGCACGCGGGUUUCUGGAGGAUCAGCAAAGUUAAAUGGGAGCAGAGGAGAGAGGAACGGGGAGAGAGGCGAUGAGGAGGGGGUCCAGCCAUGGAGGAACACUCGGCUCCCCGGCACAUUGAGGCCACGGCACUAUGACCUCCGGCUUGCCGUCCACAUGGACAACUUUACAUUCUCGGGAGAAGUCAGCAUCGAACUGGAAUGCAUCAAUGCCACCCGAUUCAUCGUGCUACAUGCGGAUCGCCUUGAGGUGGACAAGGUGUCAGUCACAGCUGAAGGUGGCACCAGCAGCCGUCUGGCCAGCAGGCCUGGGGGCGGAUCCAUGAGAAUCCAUCGCCACUUCCCUUUCCCUGCCAAUCAGAUGUACGUGGUGGUGCUGCAUCGCGAGCUGAAGCCAAUGAGAGUUUACCGACUGAACGUGAGCUUUGAUGCUGCCAUAGAAGAUGAGCUGCUGGGCUUUUUCCGGAGCUCCUACACCCUGCAGCGAGAGAGACGGUACCUUGCCGUGACUCAGUUCAGCCCCACACAUGCCCGCAAGGCUUUCCCUUGCUUCGAUGAGCCGGUCUACAAGGCCACUUUUUCCAUCACUCUCCGCCAUGACCCUCAGUACACCUCCCUGUCUAACAUGCCCGUGGAGAGCAGCCUGAUGUCUGACGAGGACGGCUGGCUAACCAAUCGCUUCUCCCGCACGCCACGCAUGUCCACCUACUACCUGGCCUGGGCCGUCUGCAACUUCACCUUCAGAGAAGCACACUCCGACAGCGGCGUCAUGAUCCGUCUGUAUGCCAGGCCCGAUGCCAUUUCCAGCGGAGCAGGUGACUACGCGCUCCACAUCACCAAGAGGCUUUUGGGAUUUUACCAGGACUACUUUCAAGUCCAGUACUCGUUGCCUAAGCUGGACUUGCUGGCUGUGCCCAAACAUCCGUACGCCGCCAUGGAGAACUGGGGGCUCAGCGUGUUUGUGGAACAAAAGAUUCUCCUGGACGCGGAGGUGUCGUCGUCGUCCUAUCAGAUGGAACUGACGAUGGUGGUCGUCCAUGAGAUCUGCCACCAGUGGUUUGGCGACCUGGUGACUCCAGUCUGGUGGGAAGACGUCUGGUUAAAGGAAGGUUUCGCUCAUUACUUUGAGUACGUCGGCACAGACUUCCUCUUUCCCAAGUGGAACAUGGAAAAGCAGCGGUUCCUGACUGAUGUGCUCCAUGAGGUCAUGCUGCUGGACGGACUCAGCUCCUCUCAUCCAAUCUCUCAAGAAGUGCAACAGGCGACUGACAUCGAUCGCGUUUUCGACUGGAUCGCGUACAAAAAAGGGGCAGCGCUGAUUCGGAUGCUGGCCAACGUGAUGGGGCAGCGUCUGUUCCAGCGAGGCCUGAAUGAUUAUCUGCUGAGUCACAUGUAUGGCAACGCAGCCCGAGACGACCUGUGGAGCAAACUGUCUCAGGCCAUGCAUUUGGAAGGGAGGGACAUCGACAUCGGUGCAAUGAUGGACAGGUGGACCCUACAAAUGGGAUACCCUGUGGUCACCAUCAGCAAGAACCAGUCAGAGCAGCUGCCUACUUACUACGUCACCGUCAGCCAGGAGCACUUCCUCUACGGUCAUAAAGUGAAGGCCAACAACAGCUUACAGUGGCUCGUCCCAUUGACUGUUGCCGUUGGAAACACUUCUUCCGUGUGCGCCGAGAUGCUCAUCUGGAUCAACAACCACACAGAAACCCACAAGAUCAGUGAAAUGGACGACAACACAUGGCUGCUUGGGAACAUCAAUCAAACGGGCUACUUUCGAGUGAACUAUGACCUUCCAAACUGGAAACUGCUGAUUCAGCAGCUGCACACCAAUCUACAAAUCAUCUCUGUGGGGAACAGGGCUGGACUAAUUGAUGAUGCCUUCAAUUUAGCCCGGGCCGGAUACCUCCCCCAGGGCGUUCCUCUCCAGUUGAUCGGUUACCUCCCAGAGGAGACAUCUUUCCUCCCGUGGCACGCCGCCAGCCGAUCUCUGUACCAGCUGGACAAACUGCUGGACCGCACCGACGAAUACAGCCUCUUCAGUGACUAUGUGUUGAAGCAGGUCGCCUCACGCUACCAUCAGGUCGGGUGGCCCAUGAAUCUGCCCAACACCGAAGGCAACAUCCUGCAGGCGUCCUAUCAGGCAGAGGAGUUGCAGAGGGAGCUCAUCAUGUUAGCGUGCAGUUUUGGAAACAAACAUUGCCACCGACAGGCUGUUGCCUACAUUUCCGACUGGAUCUCCAGCAACAAGAACAGGAUUCCUCCGAACAUCAGAGACAUUGUGUACUGCACCGGCGUCAGUCUGAUGGACGAAGACGUGUGGGAGUUUAUCUGGAUGAAGUUUCACUCCACGAACGCCGUCUCUGAGAAGAAAAUCCUGCUGGAGGCUCUGACCUGUUCCGACAACACCUUCCUCCUCAACAGGUUACUGAACCUGUCCCUGACCUCAGACCUGGUCCCGGAGCAGGACGUUAUAGACGUAAUCAUCCACGUGGGAAGGAACCCGCAGGGUCGAGACCUUGCCUGGAAAUACUUUAGAGAAAAGUGGGACGUCCUCAACGCUCGGUACGGCGAGGCGCUGUUUAUGAAUUCCAAACUCAUCAGUGGAGUCACAGAGUUCCUGAACACUGAGAAGGAACUCAAUGAGUUGAAAGAGUUCAUCCAGUCCAGCGGUGUCGGGGCUGGGCCGGCGCUGCCACGAGCACUGGAGAUUGUCGAGGGGAACGUGCGCUGGCACCGCUUGUACCGACGGCAGUUCUACCAGUGGCUGCGCAAACCUCCGAGCCAAUCGGUUGGAUAACACCACGCCAAACCGUUUGAGACUUUGAACUGACUGCUACGAUGAAGAAGUGAAAGAUGAUGCAUUAUUUAGCUAGUUUCUACACUUCUGCUUUUGAAGAACUUUCUGUGAGACCUUUUUUUGAAGUGUUUUUUUUUUUUCCAAAACGUAACCCAUCUGGUUCUGUUUCUGUGCAGUGGAAUAGCAAAGACAGAGACGGCGAUCACCUUAAAAUGCUAAGCAAUGGUGCAGCAGACCCAGAUGGGCUUGCAAGACAAACACAAAACGAAAACAAAACGUCAGCGACAUUAAGUGGAGAGAAAAGAGAGAAAUCAAUCCGUGUUUGAAGUGAAUACAGUUCGAGAUGUUUGUGACAUUUUUUUGGUUGUAUGAGGUGAAUGUUGUUCAUUGUCUGACAGUGGUCAUCCAUGCUACAAAGACUUCAUGGACAGAUAAGGAAGACUGUGGUCCACUAUACACGAUCCUGCAGCCGCUUUCCCCAGGUUCCCAAAAGUCAGCGGAUCAUUGAUAACUGAGUAGAGGUGAAAUUCUCCUCGCUGGCACUGACAGCUCAUCUCAACACAUUAGCUCGCUGCAAUCUUUCAAAAGUUCCCACUUCUCCUUCAAAACAGUGUGAAAUGAACAUUCAGCAUACAAAACAGCGGUGAUGAUGAGUUCAGGCUGGCGUCGGUUAUCUUAUCUUCUGUUUAUUCAAAAGAAUGGAGCUGAAAUCUGAUCCAUACAUUCAAUCAUAGCCACUGAUCAUUAGCUACCUGCAUCUGUUUAUCCCCCGAUUCAUCAACUGAAUACUUAUGAGUGAACGUUCAUGGAUAUUGGUGGGUAAUCUGCUCAAAACAUAACAUAAAGGAGAACUGUAAAGAGUCGCUCUGAAAGUCAAGUUUCCUGACUCACCUGUGUGUUUCACAUGUUCAAGUCUUCCUCUCCCUGAUGCAGUGAGGGCUUCGCUCUGCCUUCAGCGCAGCCCUGACCCCGCACACCUCCGGCCGCGGCGUGUCUGCUUCGCAUCUGAUCAGAGAGGUGAUGUGUGAGUCAAGUUAGUUAGUUCAGCAGUUCACAUUUUUAUGUUAAAGAACACGUGCGUCUGUGCAUCCAUGAACAACACACACGUAGGGGAAAUUAGAUCUCUCACUCCAGUGCGAUGUGUCCGUCACAGGCAAACACAAAGCACAAAGUCUCAUUUAACCAGUAUUAAACACUCACGUGGUGUUUAUUGAUUUUGGAUAUAGAUCCCACCUCACUCAUGGUUAUAAGGUUGUUUUGAGUGCAGAGACGCUACAGUGACAUUCAACUGUUCCCCGGUCCACUGAAGCAGGACUCCACAUUUUGUCAUCUCUCAACAACCAAGCACGUACAGUAGAUCCGUCAGCAGGUCUGGACCGACGAGGGAGUGGGGCUUUGGCUGCAAGAGAUUUUAAGAUUUAAGAUUUUAACUUCCAAGAAGGCUGGCUGCCCAAUCAUAGCAGAGUGGAUAUUCCUGGGGAGAACGAGAUUUCAGCACCUGGAAAACAAAGCAUUUUCAAUGGGUGGGGCUUAUGCAUAUUUUCUAAUGUAAAUAUUUGAAAUCAUAAACUUGGUGGAAACAGACACAUACUGAUGUGCUCAAUAUGGGUCCAAUAUCAUUUUAAAAACACUUAAAUGUGUUGCUCUAUAAGGAGGUUGGACAUGAAGUUUUUGUAAAUUGAACAUUUUCAUACUGUCAUUGUGCGAAUAUGGUGGGAAACUUGGCCACUAACCUCAUGGGGAACUAUUCAAUGACAAUUGUUUUGAUUUAUUCAAAAUAAUACAUUAAAUACAAAUAAUAAUAUACAAAUAACUGAACAGUCUUGUAUUUUUUUAUUAUUAUUUCUACACCAUCUAGACUGAACACACGCACUCACACUUGUGUUUCUAUCCUUGUGGGGGCAUUGGUUUCUCACUGCCAUAAUGCUUUCCCCAGCCUCUCACACUAAUCUUAACCUUCCGAAACACAUGGCUCACCUUAACUAUGACUGAACCAAACUCAAACUCAAUAAUAAUGACCCUGUUACAUUAAAGUCUUCACCCUCAAACUGAGGCUAAUCUUUUGUGGUCCAGCCAAAUGUCCCCACAAAGUCAUACGGUCCUCACAAGGAAAGUGUUUUGUCAAGAAUUGAACCUUCUUGAACCUUUCCUGACACUGAUUUAUGUCUAAUAUAUUUUAUUACAGACCUACAUAAAUUAAUCUAAAAAACCAAAUUCAAAUUGUCAAACCAACAUUACAGAAAAAAGAAUGUUGAAUUCAGUUAUUCAUCACGAUUUGUUGGAUUUUCUUUCUUUUUAAAACUUCUCACGCCAUUGUUCUGAUUGGGAUUGUUUCACUUUUAACGUAGAAUUAUACUUGCUAAUGACAUCAGCAAUAUAUUAUCGUAAUUGCUGUGUUUCUGUGAUUUUAUUGUCUAAAUAUUUUUAAAUAAGUUUGUGUAGCCUCACAUGCAGAGGCGCUGCCAACACAACCUAUUCUACUUUAUUUCAUGUAUUUUUUUCAAUUCAAUCUUUCCAUUUCAAACCUAUCAUGUCAUGUGACAACAUUCCAAUCUAUUGUAAUUGAUUUGUCCAGCAUGAGCUCAAGGAAUCCACACGAGGCGAGUGCUGCGGGGUGAUUGUUUUGCUGCUUUGUGAUUCGUCGAUGAUGAAGUGAUUUACAUGAUGACAAAUCCCAAAAUGUUGAUCAAAGAUAAUGGUGGUGAUCAGCAUCUGGCGUUUGCAAUCAUCAUCCAUGGUGAUUAA